AUGGACUCCAGCAAACCCGGUGUGGUGUGCUGCCGCAAGCGUCCUGACUCGGAGGUUGUAGAGGUGGAUUUGUGUCGUCAGUUCGACGGAGUAUUGACACUGCAGGAUAAGGUCACUUGA